GUGAAGCCCUGAACUAAAUUCUGACCCCCCGUCUCAUCAUGCGUGUCUCGCCCUAAUACACCUUCAUGAAUGUCUGCUCCUCUUAAAAGCUGUGAAUGCAACAACCCGGAAAAAAGAGUGGCUUUUUCAUGCAAUUAUUUUCAGAGAACUUCAACAGAAGCAUGUGCGCGGGAUCGGUGAACUCCAAGCAGCAGCAACUGCAGCUGGGUUCCCUAGUGACCGUGCAGUUGCCUUCGAACGUGUGCUUCAAUUACAAAACGAAAAAGACACAAAGGCGAGCGGCCUAGCGGUCUCAAACAGGACACAUACUUGUCCAUUUCUCUGGUGCGGGCUCGAACAAGUUUUUGUAGAACAUUCAUCUGAAGCAGGGCCGCCGAACCCCCGGCGGAACUGAGACAACGACGAGCAGACUCUAGCUGCCAGGCAUGGCAACCAACCGCUUGAAGGCAUUUUCUAGGAGCGUUCACUUGACUAUCUGAGGUAGGUUCAGACAGAAUAUGAUCCAACUGAUCUCAGGUCAGCUGCACUGCAGAGGGCUUUUUGAUGUGAGGUGACGGCAGGCGAUGUUGCACGAGACUAUCCGAGUGUUUGAGCGCAAGUGAAAUUCUCCGCCAAUGACUUGUGCGAAGAUUCAUUCGUUCUUGAUUGUUGUACUUGCCGUGAGCGAGUCGCGGUCCUCCCAUCGGCGGGAGUCGCAUUUGUGUAUGGUGGUCAUCAGCGAAAGUGGCUUGGAAACGGCUGCCCUGCAGCAGCAACGGGACAAACGACGCAGUAGUUGUCCAGGAUCGAAUCAGCCGCCCAGUCAACUGCGUUAUUGCUAUCGACAGUCUAGUCGCGCGUGAGCCCUCGUUUUCAGUCCGCGUCCCUGAAGAGCAUAGCUUCCGAGAAUGUUUUUUCACUGUUUUGUGAAGCAAUAGUAUUUACACUGGAUUCUUUGGAUCACACAUCUUCUCUCACGGAUUAUACCUCAGGGGGGCAUACCGGUCGGUUGUGGCUAACCUAGUAAAACCCCGAUACCUGUGUAUUUGUGAAGGGUUUCGGCUAUUGCGACGACUCGUGCUGCCCAUACAGGCAGAAACUCUUUGUUCGUCGCUUUUCUAUAAGGCCAAGUAACAAGAAGUGACAGGACGCAGUUGAUAAGAUCAGCUAAGAUGGUGGAAUAGUGCCCUGCUUGAUGUGAAUCCGAAAUCCGUUUGUGUGUUGCCCAUCCGCUCCCCUAGCUGUGCGGCACCUCCAGUUUCCGCUUCCACGCGCAUGCUUUUUUUGAGCUUGACUUCCUUCCUUUCGCUCCUGCUCUGUGUGUCGUCCUCCUGUAUUAGGAAGGAUGGCCUGCUGCGAUUCUGCGGCGCCAAGAAUGAUAUAUUUUCCGUCUGUUUUCCAAGAGCGUCGCGCAGUUCCUGUUGCUCCGCACCUCGAGUACGUACAGAGCGUGUUCGGGUCCCUUAUCCCCAACAUGCCUGACACGCUUGUGCAGUAGUUUUGUUUGGCAGCGUGCGGCGUCGCCCGAAGGAAAUGUGAAACUUUAAAUUACGUGAACUACUGCGGGCCUUUAGUGCUAUGUUUUUAUUUCGCAGUCUUUGCUGCUCAUAAACGUCUAUGGCUAGUCUUGUGCCACCCACUUUGUCUUCGCCGCUGGACAUUCCAGCUGUCCGUGAAGCGGGUGCGCCAUGGUUUUUGGAGCGCCCCACAUUUCUUUCUGAGUCAAAAGAGAUACUUUGUGGCACUGGACAAGGAACGUGAUCGUCCAGGUGCAUCGAGUGGUGAUAUUUGGUUGGGUAGCGAUAGUUGAGAGACUUUGCUGGGUGGGCUGGCGUCGGACACAGUGCGGAGUCAUCGAGAAGCUGGCGAAUGCAAACGAACUCGGGACUUGUUUCUUCUGUAGGCUGAACUCAAAGAGAAUACCUCGCACGAGAAAAAACACAGGAAGGUUUCCUACAGACGAAUGGCGUGGUUGUCAAUCCUUCUCGGCUAGGCUGCAGCGCCUCUACCACAGCCGCCACCUGAUGCUCGGAGAGGUCUAACGCAUUCACAUAGUCAACUUUUUUCUUAACUUCACACGGCACGAGCUGCAGCCUAUUUUCGACGUUCACCUGGGUAGUUCGUUGCUCCCUCUGAUGGCCACCCUUUCGUGUAGAAACUUCAGCGUGAACUGGCAGCCGUCCUACAUUCUGGAGCGAAGCGGGCUUGAGGAGAUGCCGUGUGGAGCCGUGUCGUGAGAGCGUGAGUUCGGCGCGGUUUGCAUACAGAACUUGUUUUUCGCGCUCUCCCGUUCUUCAUUGUCUGCCGUCCAAUGUGUCUGUACCCCUGGAAGGCUCGUGCCUCGUUCGGUGCAGCAGCGGGUCUGGCAUUCCUCAGACGCAUGGAUCGAAGAAACUGUUCGCCUUCACCAUUGAAACCGAGAUACGCACCGCGCUUCACGGGAGAGAGACGCUUGCUGCAUAGCUCUCUCUCCCUCCCAUUCUUCUCACUUCGCUCGUGGAGGCUCUGCUGGCGAGGUCCGUAAAACGCUGAGAGAGCGCGGUCCUCUACUUCGUCUCUUUUCUGCGCGUCUCCCUGCUCGUGCGUAGAAGGGGCAGCUGGGAGUUCUCGCGUGGCGCAUUCCCGUUGCUGUCUUCCAAAAUGCGCGUCCGCUUCAGCGUUACUGCAUUCGUGCCGCCCAACGCUCAGCUGGGCGUGGUCGGCUCUGCGCCGUUCCUCGGCGAGUGGAAGCUGGAGCACUGCGUCCCGUUGAUGCCGUACUCGGCGCCCCAUCCGCAGGGCCUUGAGCCGAGCCUCUGGUUUCGCGACAUCGAUCUGGAUCCCGCGUCUUGUCCGAACGACACGAACGACGUCCACAGCACGGCAGCUGUGUCUGCCUCCUGCAGCGCCGACCGCCGACGGUGCGAUCUGAGCAGGCAAAGUCCGCACUGCUUCCCAUCUGCACGCUCUGCGUCGCCUUACAUGGUUGAGGUCUCCCGGGGAGACUGUCCUUUCGCCGUCGAGCUGAUGUCGACGUCGCAGCACGUUCUCAGCGAAUUCUCGAAGCACAACUCGCCGGUAUACUCCGCGGGCGAACAGCGGUUCCGGCGCUCUCUCCCCUCCUCCGCUUCCUUCUCCUCGUGUACCUCGUCGGGUUCCGCAGUCGCCGCCACCAAGUGCGUAUGGGACGCCGCAGCCUACAGAGUGGCCACUCGAGCCCCGGAGGUGCAAGCCGUGCUGGAGAGCCACCCGCUGCGGCACUGCGCGUUCGAGUACAAGUUCGUUCUUUGGUAUCCGCCGAACGGCGAAAUUGCGGUGCCGUACGUCCCCACAACUGCCGGCGAAGAAGUCCCGAUAACCUACGCGGGAGACAGCGAGGUGCUGAACGAGGAAAGCGAGGGCGGGGCGCGCAGGCGCUCCUGGAGAAAGUGGCUUUUCCCGCCUUCCCCCUCGAGAUGCCCCGCGCCGCCCGGACCCUCCGAGUCGAUCGUCUGGGAAGGUUUCGGGCCUGACAGCAACCGGAAGUUCUGCUUUGACCCGUUCGACGUCGUCGUCGAUGUGAACGAACUCGGGGAUCUCGAGUGCCUGUACAUCUGCCGCAUUGCGCACUUCCGGGAUCCAAGAGCGGGAGGAGUCGGUGAGUACGACCUGACGACUCGCUUCUACAACUCAGUGAAGAGCGAAUGCCGCAUGCACUAUUCGACAAUCUUCCCCAGAUUCUUCGUCGGUUCUUGUCCUCGGCAGCUAAAGCACAUACGCCACCUCAAAGAAGAGCUGAAGGUGACUUGCGUGGUCAACCUGCAAACGGAGCAAGAUCUGUGCAACAAUUACCCAGAUCCGAUCGCUAGUUCUCGGUCAGCUGAAGCCGUAAGCCAGCUGUAUGACGGCUCUGGUCUCCGAUAUGUGUGGCUGCCGACGGCGGACAUGUGCGAUUCUGCGAGGAAAAUUGCAGUCGCCAAUGCUGCCUUUCUCCUUCUCGGUCUUUUCCAGAGUGGUCACUCGGUGUACAUGCACUGCAAUGCGGGCGUCGGACGCAGCGUGGCCGCAGCGUGCGCCUUCCUCUGUUUCGCCGUCGGCCUGGAUUUGCGGAAAGUAAAUUUUCUGAUUUGUGCGCGGCGGCCGGUCGCCUACUGGGACGAGAAGGCCAUGAAAUACGGCAUCGGCGACUACCAAGCAAAGUUCGGGCACUGUCGGGUUGUCGGAGAGGAGGCGGAGGAGAGGCAGCAUGCUUAGCGUGUGAACAGCAGCGGAAAAAGUCAAGAGGAAAGAGGGCGUGUCAGACGAGAGGGGGCGAUACGGAACCCGUGAGAGAGAAAAGAAAAUGGGGGAAAGAGCGAAGUUGAAAAGGCAAAGAAUUAGACGGAAGUGACCUACAGAGGCCAAAAGCACAUGGGGAGAAGGAAAGAUCGAAGAAAAUGGAGACAACAGAGACGAAGCAUGAAGAAGGGAAGAGGGUCUGUCCAAUGCGUCGAGCCCUCUGGAUCAGAAUCCGGAUUUGCGAUGCCACUUUAUCCGCAUUUCUUUCAGUCACGAAUGGCCAGCUGUCUUUUCAGAGAGGAUUCAAUUUUCCUUUUUCAGUGGAUUCCCGGGAUAGGUUCGGAGUCUACUUCACAGCGGCUGUUUGCGCAGUGACCAGCUGGCCUCGAGAAGGCAUCAUGCCGUCGUCUUUUCACUCUCGCGAUAGGUGCUUCUGUUCAAAGGUGGCGAAGCCCAAUGUGUCAAAGAUGUACACGCUGGAGAGUGGAAGCGCCGGCCGUCGUUGGGGGUGCGCUAGAGUUUCAGUGCGUGAAUGUGUGUUUUUCUGUACCUUCUGAUGUGAGCGUGGUACAUGACUCCGAAAGCGGCACUGGCGCAUCCUUACUUCCUUGCCUUCAAUUUGCGUUUGAAGAGACAGGAGGUGGCGCGCAUAUUUAUCUGUCGGCGCGCAUGGAAUAUGAAGUAUACGGAUCGGAUUCUUGGUGGCCUGGCACCUGCUUAGUAACUGGAUGAACGCUUUGUACGUUCAUCUUGUUCAAUAAUAAAAGAGUGAUGAGCCAACGUGGAGGUAUUUCCAUGUCAAAGUUUACGUGUAUCUUGCACAGAUCUGUUUUUUAGGAGUCCUCUCAACCUCGCAUGCGCGGGCGUCUCGAUAGCGCCCUGCGAAUCGAGUAGCGAAUUCUGUAUGCUCACGCGUUACGCACGUUUGGUACGACUGGCACUGCCGUCUCGCGAACGAAAUGAAAGGGGCAUCGGGGUGGGUACAUUCGUCCGUUGUUUUCCGCCUCUAUUUAACCUGUUUUCUCAAGAGAUGCGUGUUCUGUUCGCUUUAUAACGUUGUCGAGAUGCGGUUGACACCGUCGUCUCAACUGUUCGCCGCUCGGCCUCCGAAGCAGGGGGCGCAGGAACCAGCAAGAAAAUGAAAACCCCCGCGCUUUCUGGCGCACAAAGAGUGCGCUUGGAAACCGUACCAAUUUUGUGCCUGGGUGUGUGUAAAGCGUAGUAACACACACACUCCAAAAAACCGUCGUGUCCCCACGAAACCUAGCGGAGCAGGUGGCUAUUUCAGGGAU